AUGGGUCAUCAAAAUUUAUGGUUUUCGCAUCCGCGCAAGUAUGGUCCAGGUUCUCGCUCAUGCCGAGUUUGUUCGAAUCAUCAUGGGUUAAUCAGGAAAUACGGACUUAAUAUGUGUCGACGAUGUUUCAGAGAGUAUGCUUCCGAUAUUGGAUUCAGAAAGUUGGACUUAGAGCUUUUUUUUAGUUUUCGGAAUUUGGGGACCUUGGCAGUGACUGUGCUUUAUGUCAUAUGUACGCUGCGAAAUAUCGGAUGUUCAGUGAUAGAGAUGGAUAGUAAUGAUAUUCCGGAAGUUUUGGUUGCUAAUCGGCAAAACCAACUUGUCUUCUUGACAGGACUGGAUAUCAUCAAUAAUAGGUCGCAUGCUGCGAUCUUUUCAGCUUUUACUGUAAAUCGAGAGCAAGAUCGUCCACCAAUUAAUUACGCAAUGCUAGAUGGUACUCAAAUGUUGUACGAAUCAAAAGUACACAAACAAACGAUAUCGAGUUUUUCGCGUGGAUUUAUUAGAGUGAAUUGGAUCAAAAAGUACGCCAAUGAAUUGCCAUCCGUUAUCGUACUCUUUGCUGAUUUGGGUUGGGAUCAUCCGUCUUGGAAUGAAAAAGCUACGGAAUGUGAAUCGAAAAUUUCAUCACUUAGGACAAGCAUCGGAAGCCAUGCAACUCGAAUUUGUAUUGUGUUACUACAGCAAACUCAGCCAAUAGACAGUCCAUUAGCUACCGAAAGAACAACCAAACUUUGUCAACUAUGUCAACUUCCAACGAAACAGUUGUUUAUUUUACCCAUUGGCGAACGAAUGUUUUCAUCAGUUUUAAGGCUUGAAACCGCAUUCCAUGAAUUAGCUCAAGCAUUCUAUCAACAGUGUCUGAAAUCGGUCCGCGCGCGAUCGACACCAAAUAAUUCUUCCAAUCUUAUCAUUCGUCAACAGUUUAAACUGGCAUUCCUUUCGGAAUUACGGCAAGAUACGCACACGGCACUCAGACAUUAUAAGUUAGCAUAUCAACAUUGUACCGAGUGCGAAAUCAUCGACAGUGAAAUAUUUGAACUACGUGCAGUGGCUGGACUCCUAAAUUACAAGAUAUGUCAGUUAUCAUUUUUUCACAGUGCAGCCUUAGAAGCAUUAGCACAACAACGGCGGCAUAAUAACGCGUUUUUCUGCUUACCUCCAGGUUCGUAUCCAUCUUCAGUCAUUGCAUCAAUUGAGCAUUUAUUAUGGAAAGGCAAACAGUGUUCGUUAUUUGCAAAUUUGUUUGAACAAGCCGUAAUGGGUGGUUUAGUUGCCGUGUCAACUCAACAUCCUGGAAUGUAUCUUCAAGCAGCAGCUUACUAUUACCGGCAAGCAAACGAUGCUGUCACUACCUUAAAUACUUCGUCGCAGUUCGUUGGGUCAGUUUACCCAAGCCCUGACCCUUUGGUACCAACCGCAGAUAUUUUUUAUGGUCAGAGGCCAUGGAGAGCGACUACGAAAAAUGGCAGUCUGUCAGAUCCGGAAACUGAAAAGAAUGCCCUUAUCGCACUUGAGUUACGAUGUUCUCCAAAUCACGACCGAUGCAUUGCUCUACUUUCCUCUGCAAUGUCACAGUUCAAGAAAUACAAAUGUUUACGAAUGCAACGUUAUAUGAUGCUCUUAUUAUCAGAUGAAUACUUUGUAACAGGUCAAUUCGCCAAAGCUUUGCAGUUUGCAUCACAUUUAAUUUGGGAAUGUCGUCGGGAAGGUUUCACACAGCCAAUUACGAUGCUUCUUAUGCGUGCUCUUAUAUGUGCAUUUCGAAUAGCAGACGUGAAGGAAUUUAUGACGCUUAGUGUGCAAAUGCUUAACUUACACACAUUCCCGACUUUCGCUUCUAUUACGGAACAAAUUAUAGCAAAUAUUGGACUAAUUCGCCAAGGCUUCCCACCGCAUAUACCUAUCCCACAUUCUAAUAUGUCUUCGGCCGAGGUAGAAGCAUGCCAGUAUCUUUGGAAGACAACAUUUGCUGAGCGUGUAUUUUUUUCGAUAAACGCGCCUCGUAUUGAUGCGUUCAUCCGUGCUCGAGUUGCUUUUCUUAACAAUACCAUAGAAACUGUUCAUGCCGACUCAUUGAUUCUUCUUAUGGUCGCUCUUUCAUCGUACUCUACUAAAACGGUUUUUUUCGAAAGAAUGAAAAUUACUGUCAAUGAUGGGAGUAAGGAAACCGGACCGUUGCCACUGUAUGAAUUUACCGAGGACAAUAUCGAAAUUAGUCCAAGGAAGGAAACUGUUAAAAUGUACAAGAUGUCAUUGCCGCAGUCGUGCUGCACGACUGCUAGACAACUUGUGGUGAACGGAUUGAGCUUAGAAAUUGGUUCCAUACAUUCAUCUGUUUAUGGCACAAUGGAUUGGGAUGCUCAGUCAUUGUCAUAUGGCACCUAUGACAAUUCUUACAUGAAUUCCAUAUUGGACGCAUGUGUCGGUCAGACGACACUUAAAAUCGAACCUCGUGAAGCUCAUUUUCGUCUUGAAGGAACUAAUCAAAGUGAAACAUUGCUUGGUGAAAUUGCUACAAUACCGCUAUCAUUCAUAUGUGAGGAAAACAGUCCAAUAAGAAGUAUUAGACUAGAUUGGUGCUUGGAUACGAAGGAAGAGACGGUUGGAGCUGUAGUCUUUGUCAACGAAGAAAAUCAGUUUGUUCCAAAUGGUACAAAAGUUUUGGAAUACAGUAACCCUCAAAUUCCACCAUUUAAGGUCCAGUUAAAUGUAAGAUACUGCUGCCAUACCAUCUGCUCGACGAGUAUGUCCUUAAUGGUCUUUAUACCGCUCGACGAUAUGACGGUACAGAAACACUUCUCAAUAUUAUUGAAGUCGCGGCCUUCAUUCGAUAUUAACACUAAAAUACUAACUAUAAACAAUGAUAUUAUCGAAAAUCCGCUUGCGGAAACCAACUUCUUCAUUCGGACAGAUGUAACAGCAGUCGCAGAUGUGGUUAUUUCGGAAGUAUCAUGGAGACCGGGUAUUGAAGUGGAAACUGAUAAAGACGAAAAGAUUUUGCUAAAUGAUGAAAUUUGCUGCCUUGAGAGCGAUGUAAUAACUGUCAGCUCACCUGUACGAUUUUCAUUGAAAGCAGAAAAUAAGCGAUGUGAUUUGGGUGAAAUAUGUAUACAUUGGCGAAGGAAUACUUCAUUGGAUGGGUGGGUUAUGUCCCAACUUAGCAUUGGAUCUGUCCUUGUGAAAAAUUCCCCAUUGUCAAUUGAAGCGGAACUUCGAACUUCUUAUCUCAUUGUACGAACAGCAAUUCCAGUUAUUUUCACAAUUAGGAAUCUGUAUUGCAAAAUGAUCGAUUUGCAGAUGAUAUUAGAACCGGCGGAUGUGUUUGUGUUCGCUGGCAACAAAAAGAUCGAUAUCCGUUUAUUACCAUCGGAAAUUUAUGAAUAUAAAGUAUCAGUGAUAGCCCUUUGCGCUGGUCGUUUACCAUUCCCGAAGCUUACAAUUCGAAGUUCAAUGUUUGAUUCAACAACAUUGGAUGAAAUUAUUAGUCUUUCAAUUCCCGAUGCUAUAUUUAUACUACCUCUAGCAAAAAUGUGAAAUGCGACAACAAUUUCGGUUGGUUGGUUUCUGGUCAGACUGAUUUACUGCUGGUGCUGUUGUUGUUGUUGUUGUUGUUGCUGCUGCUGCUGCUGCUGCUGCUGCUGCUGCUGCUGCUGCUGCUGCUGCUGCUGCUGCUGCUGCUGAUG